AUGCCUCUUCUCAAGGCUCAAUGGGUGCCUCUGAAGAUCGCGAUAUUUGUUGCGGUGUCACUCAUCGUAUCCGCAUGGUGGAUUUUGCCACACCGGGCAUGGAUACCCUUGGCAGCUGAGCCUGCACAAUAUGGAGUUUCAGAUCCAGUACUUUCAGUGCCAAUCGAUAUGAACGCAGAAGACACACCGUUGUCAGACGACGAUCAAGAGCCAAUAUUUUCAAGCUCAGUCGAUGUAGACAUAGAAAAUACAUCACCUCCAGACGACGACAUUGAGCCCGAAAUUUCAGCAUCAGUCAACACGGUCGCAGGGGAUAGACCGCUUGUUGUAUACGCCUAUUCCGAGUCCGACAACGCUCGAGCAAACCUGAGGUUUUUCAUUACAAAGGGGCUCCAUAAUGCGGCCGACUUCGUGUUCAUAUUCAACGGCGAUGCAGGGGCGGCGAGAAUGGUUCCUCGCAAACCCAACGUUACGGUUGUGAAGCGGGACAACACAUGCUUCGACUUGGGUGCCAUCGGAGAAGUCCUUCGAAAGAAAAAUCUGUGGAAGAGGUACAAGCGCUUCAUCACAAUGAAUGCAAGCGUCAGGGGCCCAUUCUUGCCCUGGUGGAGCAAAUCAUGCUGGACGGACUUAUAUCUUGACAAAAUUACAGAGACAACGAAGUCCAUGGUCCUCGCAACAGAUGAUGUAGGCAUGGGUAUACUACUCGACCCUGCCUUUGCGCUUUCUGCAUCACAAGACGACGAGUUUGGAUCAAAAGAAAACCCGGUUGGGCUUAGCGGGUGUUACGGGGACUGGAACGCCGCUGUCCACGCUGAAAUCGGGACGACGGGCCUCAUUACGAAAGCUGGCUACAAAGUCGACGCAAUGAUGACAGCUGCACAUACAGUCAUGGGUGGGAUCGAGGCGUAUUGUGAAGCUACACAAGCUGGAGAUGUCCUGUUUGACAAGGAAUACUUUGGAAUGAAUGUCCAUCCAUACGAGACAGUUUUCAUCAAGGCAAACCGAGAUGUCGACCCGUGGGUAUUGGAUUCUAUGACAGAGUGGCAUUUGAAAAUGAAUACCCGCAGUUCCGAUGGUUGCGGGGCAUGA